UGGACAACCAACCACAAGUCUGUCGUGAUAUAGCAUUCCAGGACUCUCGCAUUGAACAUCUGUUUGUCCCAUUCUGCCAGUCGCAUUUUCUCAGUCUCAUUCACUUCAUCUUAAUGUGAUACUAGUACAAAACAUCAACGAUAUCCCUAGUUGUCGAAAUGAAACCCAUAUUCGCCGCAGCAGCGGCCGCCACUGCUUGGUUCUUCACAUUUGCGCAUGCCCACGGCUCGCAUUCACAAGAAGAUCUAGCGAACCCAGCCGACGACUGGGCUCUGUAUCAUAUGCAAGAAGAACAUCACAUCUCCAAUAUGGACCCAACCUCAUUCUUUACCCUGCACGACUUCAACAACGACGGCGCCUGGACGCCCGACGAGGUGCGGUGGAGUUACGGCCUGGACGACGAGUCUCUCAAGGACGUACCUUCAGACACGAAAGACCGGGUGGUGAUGAAUGUGUUCAAACUGUUUGACCCGGCGGGCACGGGCAUCAUCACCCGAGAUCAAUGGUUGAAGGGGAUCCAGGCGGGCAAGAAGCUGCCCGAUUCAGGUCUCGGGCCGGGUCACCAUGGAGAUGACGAAUAUGAAUAUGAGAUCCACCAUUUUGAGAAAUAUCACGAUGAGAAUACGAGAGAAGAAGACCUCACGCACCCCGAGGAUAUCGAGCAUUUCAGGAAACAUGACCGAAUGGAGGACGAGGCCGAGCGGAUCUCGAGGGAGCAGAAACAAAAUAUUGUCGAGAGAAAUAUCCCGGCCAAGUUUAGGAGACAAUAAACUCAAAGACCCAAGCCUGAGAAAGAAGAAGCUCAGCAAGAAUUGUAAUUACGCUACACGAAGAUUGGAUGGGAGGGCAUCUGUAUGAUCUGGCAUCUAUGUUCUUGGGGAGGUGCCGGUGUAUGGGACACAGUGUAUUACUACUAGGAUCUGGAUUGGGUAAACUAUCCAGACAUGAGAAAUACGAUAGAACGGGUUCAGGACACAGUGGUCAGCAGUUGCCGCAUUUCAAAAACAAUUGUACUACUAACAUUGACGACACUCAUCGGAACCAAAGGGGACUGAGGGUAAAGAAGACUGGAGGACUGCUUUCGAACAAGCUGUCUUCGAUCAUACUUAGAGCUGGGAUUCAUCCAUUGGGGUUUUCAUUGCUGUCUGGGAAGAUAUGGAUAUCAAACACACAGUGCAUGACGCCCGGCGCAUAGGUCUUGACUUGGUGAAUAUGGACACACGAGACAGACCAUGCCAAAGGUGUGGUCUCCGAUCCAGUGGCAGUCUCUUCUUCAGCUGCCUGUUCACACUUGGAAAGCUGCUCAACAAUGCUUUGGAGGUCGAGAACAACCUUUUCCUUCAUGGCCUCAAUUUCGCGAAUGUCAACAUUUUCAUGCACAUGCAACCAUCCUCCCCUCGUCUUGUCAUCAUUGCUCUCAUUGCUUUCCUCGUCUUUUGCCCCCUUGCCAUUGCUGUCGUUCUUGAUCAGAACCCUGACAGCAUUCUCCCAACUGCCUUGAGAAGUGGGCAGCAAGCCUAGAUUAGCAUGUCGGACAUUCAGAUUCACGCCCGAGUCCAGUCUAUCCUGGCGGAGAACAUCAAGCUCCCGCCCAAUCUCAGCCAUGACCUUGGCUGACCAUUUGUUGUCACCUAAAAAGGCGAUACACCUGAUCUCGGGAUUUUGAUUUUGCGCUGUCGAGCGCAUCUUGGAUCUACACGAACUGUCCCGGGUGCUGGUACAAGUUCGAUCGCCCUGAAGAAUUCUUACAGCUAUUUCCCUGGCCACAUUCUCAGGCUGUCCACAGCUUUUAGGGUUGCUGUUGCUGCCUUCCGCUUCCACAAGUGAGAGAUUUCCACUGUCGUC